GACGACGAACUCCGUAAACCUUGGGCUUACCAGCAAACUCCACAAUGACUUCUCAUCCAGAGCACAUUGAAGAGAUAUUCAAAAGGGUCGAAGAGGAGAGCGAGAAACGGGCCCUCGAGGAGCAGAGUAUUCAGCAGAACCCUCAGUCGAGACCGUCUUCGUCAGGGGCGGUGGGGGGACGGCGGCGUGGCGGCAGCGUUUCAAUUUCUCGCUUUGGAGAGCCAAUAGAGCCGUCUCAGGGGACUGAAUCUAGUAACAGCAGCGUCACAAACCCCGCUGCACGGUUAUCACGAAUAGCCUCGAAAUCCAAUGUCUACCAAUCGCGGUUACAUACUGCAAGUAGCAGCCGAGACUCAUUCGCAUCCGAGCAUUCUGCUGGCCCCCAUGAAGAGCAUGCGGAAGAUGAUGAGGACGACGAGCAUAUCACCCGGAUGCAGACCAUCACGGGCCGUCAGACGCUGACCAAAGCUGUUGGCGACAUACUCGCACGGAAGAUGUCCCGUUCACGGUCAAACUCGCGCUCCAUGAUUACACCCUCGGACACCGGUACAUCUGCCGUGGUCAUCGGCGUGUCGGUGCAGCAAGCCACCGUGCAAGCUGCCAAUGACCAAGACGAUCCCGACGCACCCAGUGCUGUUGUCCUCCGGGGCCAGCGCUCACGGACGAGUCUCCGGAGAAACAGGGAUAGCUGGGUGCAGAAAGUGACCCAAAAGUUCAGACGAAAGAGCAAGUCACCGUUGCAGGACGGGCAGGAGUAGCGGCUACCUCCCGACGCUUCAUUUAUUCAUUGGAAUACUGGUAUCAUGGACUUGGUUUUCGUUGUUGUUCUUGCUGUCUCAUAGCUCUGCUUACCUGUCUCUGCCCUACUCCAGCUUCAUGUAGCAUCAUUUGCCCUCUGCUUUCGCAAUGCAAUCCUUCCCCACCCCUUGUUCUUG